AUGAAUCUCUAUUUAUCGCUCCUACUCCUGGUUCCCGCUGUCAUCGCCUAUGGAGAGCGCACCACAACAAUUGAAGUAAAUCAGUGGACAACUGCUGCUCCUCCACCAGGGCCACCCGACAGUUUCCUUUUGGAUUUGAACAAUUUGAGACGCCACUACGCCAAAAAGUAUAAUGUUUCAAACAUGCACGAGCUGAUCUGGUCGGAAAACUUGGUCAAUGUGAACGAACACCUCGACUUGUGGAUCGCUCCGCCAGAAGAAGAACAACGUACCUUUAGAUUUGGAAUAAUUGAGAGCUAUGAAAACGCAAACGACAAACUCAGAUCAGAUAUAGAUGAGUUUAUGAAGAAAAGUGACCGAGAAAAAGAAGAGUUAGUUACGGAAAACAGAGGACGCACACUUUCUGCACCGGAGUUUCUCGUUCCACGUCAGCGGUUCAUUUGGUGUGUUUAUGAAGUUUGUAUAUUGGGACCAGAAACACUCUUCAUAUGGAAUUAUCAGCAAUUCCAAAGAUCUAGUGAGCCUGGAGCUGACUGCUUAGACGGCUAUGAGAACGAUGACGGAUUGUGUGUUUUGAAAGAUACGGAAAAGAAAUUUAUCGACGGUAUCAAUGAGAUCAGGAAGAAAUAUGCUGAUAAGUUCAACGUACCAAACAUGCACAAAUUGACUUGGAGCAAGGAGCUUCUUGGAGUUCUCGAAUCACUCAACUUGACCAAUGGCGUGCCAACAUCGACAAUGAAUUUCCGAUAUUGGAUAUUGCCCGCUUUCCAGUAUAACUCAUCAUCGGAGUUCGAAACUAGUCUUGAAAAUGACUACUUUUCUAAAAAUUCAAACGGAAGGCGAGAUUUUCUCGAGUCUGCCUCUCUUGAAUCACUGGAAUUUCUGAUCCCUCUCCAAAAAGUUAUUGCGUGUGCUGCAAAAAAUGUGAAAAGAGAAUACAAAAAAGUUUGUCUGAUUGGUCCAAGUGGCACUCCCAAAAUGUUUGCGACGAACACUGCCAGUAUGACUCGAGAUUUGACUCACAAAUUGAAGUGCUCUGCGAAUUACAAACGUGAAAAUGGAUUAUGUGCCCUUAAAGAUCCCGAGAACGUGUCGUAUUUUGGAAAUUCCGAAGAGUUUUUGAAUGCCGUCAAUGCUCAAAGGAAAAAGUUAGCGAAUAAAUAUCAUAUUCCCAAUAUGCACGAAUUGACAUGGAAGCAGUCUCUUGCGACUACUGCAGACUCUCUAACUUGGCCGGAUGACUCAUGGACCUGUGCUCGACACGUUUGGAGAUAUGUUCCAACAUUCUAUAAUGGGAUCACGGAGGCUAUCGAGGAGGAAGUGAAUCACUUGUUGACUGAAAUCCAUCAUAAUGAGUUUUUGGAAUUUUUGAAACGCGAAAAUGAGACACAUGUUGGACUUCUGGAACUGUUGAACCCUCUGCAAAAGCAAAUCGGAUGUACCAGCAAAAAAGGAGUCGAUCCGUUUGUUCUCUGUCUGUUGGGCGAUGAAGGUGUUUUCAAGUUUUGGGAUUUGAAAAAUAAUGCAAUUCCCGGAUCAGAUUGUCAACUCGGAUAUAGUAAUCAAAGAGGCCUUUGCUCACUUCCAACCAAAGCGAAUGCCGAACCAUCUGCUAAGAAAAGAAAAAUCGCUUCGGCUUCCCGUGACCAACAUUUGGGCAACGUUCCCAGAAAAUAG